AUGCUGAACAUGGCGUUGAGGCGGGUAGCUCUUGCCGCGUUUGUCGCGACGGCAUUCACGUUUGCCGCGGGCUCGUCGUCGUCGGAUCCAUUGACGCAGCCCUUGACGCAGCCCUUGACGCAGCCCUUGACGCAGCCCUUGACGCAAGCCUUCAUCCCGGGUGCCUAUCUCUUCGAAUUCGAGGAGGGCCAUGACGUCUCAGCGUUGCACAAUGACAUCGAAAGACACGGCACCGUGAGGAUGAACCUCGACUUCAAGCUCUUCAGGGGCGUCUCGGUGCAGCUGCACGACGUCAAGAACGCCCACGACAAAGCCAUGGUCAUGGCCGCCACACCCGCAGUCAAGAAGGUCUGGCCCGUUUCGAUAUUCCACCAUACCGGCGAUGGAGACGUGCAGAUCAUCAACAGCCCCAGCGGCGGCGUUGCCAGCAGCCUUCUCGCCAACGGUACGGGCGACAAGGACGACGACGUCUGGACGCCGCACAAGAUGACGCAGGUCGACAAGCUCAAGGCCGAGGGUGUCACGGGCAAGGGCCUCAAGAUAGCCGUCAUCGACACAGGCAUCGAUUACACGCACCCCGCGCUGGGGGGCUGCUUCGGACCGGGCUGCCUCGUGUCGUUUGGGCUCGACCUUGUGGGCGACAACUACACGUCGACGUCGAGCGUGCCCAUGCCCGACGACGACCCGCGCGACUGCAACGGGCACGGGACGCACGUGGCGGGCAUCAUCGCCGCGCGGCCGAACCCGGUACGCUUCACGGGCGCCGCGCCGGGCGUCUCCCUCGGCGCCUACAAGGUGUUUGGAUGCGACACGGGCGCGACGGCCGACGUCAUCAUGGCGGCGUACCACAUGGCCUACGAGGCCGGCGCCGACAUCAUCACCGCCUCGAUAGGCCAGGUGAACGGCUGGGCCGACAACCCCCUCAGCGCGACCGUCUCCCGCAUCGUCGAGCGCGGCGUCCACUGCGUCGUGUCGCUCGGCAACGAUGGCCUCCUGGGCCCCUUUUUCUCGAGCGGGCCGGCCGACGGCAAGGGCGUCAUUUCCGUGGCGUCGUUCCAGCCCGAGUUCGAUCCGCUCAUCUUGGCCGCGUCGCGGUAUUCCUUGGACGACGGGGCGGAGCCGCAGACGUUUGGCUACAUGCCCUCGUCUGUGCAGCGCCCCGUGCCGCCGCAGAACACGUGGGAGGUGAAGCUGCCUCUGUAUGCCACCAGCCUGGACGUGAACGUGACUAAGGACGCCUGCUCUCCCCUGCCGGAUGGCACGCCGGACCUGCGCAAUAGGGUGGUUCUCGUACGCAAGGGUGGGUGCGAUGAGGUGGUCAAGGCUCGCAACGCCAUCGCCAAGGGCGCCCGAUACAUGUUGAUGUAUAGCGACGGAAUUAGCAUAUACGAGUUGCAGCUCUAUUCGCUGGGGGCGAAUAUUACCGGAGCCGGCAUGCUGCUGCGCGAAACGGGCGAGGCACUGGUCGCGGCGCUCAAGGCCGGGCACAACGUCACGGUCGACAUGGCGUCGCCGGGCAAAGGAGGCUACGUCCUCGCCAAGAUACUGAGACCUUUGACCGGCGGCCGCCUCGAUCCGAGGUCCACUUGGGGGCCCGCGUGGAGGAUGGAGCUGAACCCGACGGCCGGCACGCCGGGUUCCAGCAUCGUGUCGACGUGGCUCGACGGCCUGUAUGCCAUCAGGUCUGGCACGUCCAUGGCGACGCCGCUCAUGGCAGGCAUCAUGGCUCUCAUGACGGAAACCCGUGGCACGCUCGGCCCGGCGUUGAUGGCGAGCCUCCUGUCCUCCACGGCGAAGCCGCAGCUGUACAAUCCCGGCCACGGCUUCAUUGAGGGGCAGCUCUCACCGGCCUUUGGCCAGGGCGGCGGCCUCGUCCAAGCCCACGAUGCCGCCCAUGCAGCGACCAUCCUGGAGCCGUCGAGUCUGUCCUUCAACGACACGGCCAACUUUGCCGAGCGGCUCAGCUUUUUCCUGUCCAACAAGGCCACGCAUGACAUCACCUACACGGUGUCUCACGUCCCAACCAGGACCCUGUACACUCUCUCGGAGAAUUACGCGGCGGAACCAUCGCCGUUGUAUUCGCCCUUUGCCUUUGUCGACAGCCACGCCUCGCUGAAAUUCUCAGACACCAAGAUUACGCUCCCACCGGGGCACCGCAAGGAGCUCUCGGUCGCGGCGCAGCCGCCAAAGGACGUUGACCCGAACCGUCUCGCGCUCUGGUCGGGCUACAUUGCCAUCAACGGCACGGACGGCACCUCGCUGUCCCUCCCGUACCAGGGCAUGACGGGCUCUCUGCGCAACGCGACCGUCCUGCCGGCACAGAAAGCUGUGUUCGUCGCCCUCCACAGCAAGCACUGGGCGCCGCUGCAGCCCAACAGCACCGUCACUGUGCCGCCACCCGGCCAGUGGAAGCCCGGCGACGACGUGUUUGGGCUCAUUGUGAACAAUGCGAUGGGGAGCCCGCAGCUCCGGGCUUACAUGGUGCCCCUGACGACCUGCCCGCCCAAGAACCUCACCGUCGACGACCCGCUGGGCCACGGCAGAUUCAAGACGAUCGGCCAGCCGGACGGGCUGCCGCUGCUGUGGGUUGGGCGCGACGGGCACCUGAUUCCCUUUGACGGGGGUCUCGCGAGCGGCAUCUACGCGCCGCCGGGCAAGUACAAGUUUGUCGUGCACGAGCUGCGCAUGUACGGCGACGAGAAGAAGCUCGAGGACUGGGACGUGGUCGAGUCUCCGGCAUUCAAGAUCCGAUACGCGGGGUGA